CUCGACAUGUCAAAGUUGUCGUCACUAUAUUUAUACUGUCAACCAUCGUUGCAGUCAACCUGAGCUGUCAUCACAGUAGUCAAUGGGCAUUCAUCGUUCCAAUUGAUAGAAGGGAAUACCGCCAAGACCAAGCCAAGCAGAGCCCGUAACACGGAGCUCUCGGAGAUCUCUCCUAACCAACAGCCCUUCCGUCAUUCGGUCGUCCGCCGGGAGCAACCCCCCACCAUGGUGCCGCUACCUCUCUUCAAGCUCGCCGCGCUCUUUGUGCGUCACGUAUCAAAGUAUGGUGCCAACCAAAUAAAAGCGCAAGCCCACGAGCACCCCAAGUUCCGUGCCUUCGCCGCCCGCUACGGCCAGUCCAUCCACCAGCUCAAUAUGCGCCUCAACGUCGCCCUGCUCCGCAACCCGAACGCCGAGCAGCGUGCAAAGGAGAAAGCGGAGGCUCCGACGGUCAAGACGAAAGAGCAGGUCGAGAAGGAAGAGGUGGCCAAAGCCCGUCAGGCCAAGCUCGAAGCCGAGAACCCCGAUGCUGCAAAACGGAAACCCCUCGCCCCCCCGACAUCGCCAUCAGGAACAUCCGCGUCCCCGUCCUCAUCUUCAACUUCGAUAAGCGAUAGCAGCAGCACUAGUAGCUCGGCGAAAGAAAAGCCUAGGAGCGUCUGGCGCCGCAAGUUCCGCCCCCUCCCCGAGAACAAGGCCGUCGACCUCUUCGCCGACGUCAUCGGCGACGCCUUCAUCCUCGGCGUCGCGAGCGCCAUCAUCGUCUACGAGUACUGGAAGGCCUCGCAGAAGCCCGACCAGAACGCCGAGCGUAUCCGUAUGCUCGACGAGAAGCUCGAGGAGUUGACGCGCCGCGAGCGCGAGCUGGCCCAGCGUGAGGAGGAGCGCUCCGAGCGGUACCUCGCCAUGGAGGCUGCGCUACGCGAACUGAGGGACCCUAAGACGAAGAAACCGUUGCUGCCAAGCCUGCAGCUGCCGACUCAGACGCAGACGCAGACCCCUGCACCCGCGGCGGCAUGAAGUUCUACGGAGCGGACGGGUGUAUCCUGGGGCUGGUUAGUUAGACAAAAGGCGUGGAGUUUUUGUAAGAUUUUUCAUGAUACCAUUUUGCGGGCUGGAGGCAUCUUCUGCCGUAUUUGAGCACGGCGCGUGUAACACUAUCGGCGUCAAUUAGACGGGACACUUCACUCUCUCGGGGAAGGAACCAUGAAAGGCAAGGGGCAGACAUGCCGUUCUUGCCAAUAAUUACAGAUUUGACUCACCUCAUAUAGAAAUAUACCAUCUACAAAACAAAAACAAA